CAGAGCCUGUUCUGAGGAUUUAGGAAGAUGUCCGAAGGGACGUCCCUUGCGCUGCACCGCUGUCGCUUCGUCGACUACACUCCGUCUCCGAUCACAGCAAUAGCCUUCCCUCCUGCGCGCCUUCCUUCUGUGCAUCAAAAAGCAUCGUCCUCCGGAAAACAGGCUAGACGUUUCGGCACACUUGCUGUGGGACACGCCAAUGGCAACAUCGACCUGUAUGAGUGGACGGGAGCGCAAGGAAGUUCUCAGUCAGCACAGGCGUGGGCGCUGCGAGUGACGCUUUCCGGCCCUUAUCCAUCCAAGGUCGAUUCGCUUGCUUUUGCGCUCCGUGACCCCGAGGCUCUUUCCGAGGAUGCGGUUCCUUCUCUCUCCGAGCUGCGACUGUUCUCCUCUGGCGGAGGGAGUGAUCUGAUCGAGUGGGACUUGAGUAAAAAAUGCGUGCGAAGGACUGCGGGCUCGCAGGGUGGCUCGAUCUGGUCCAUGGCUGUCAAUCCCGCUUCGACGAUGCUUGCGCUGGGCUGCGAGGACGGGACUGUACGGCUGUUGAACUUGGAUCUCGACGCCCUGACGCACCACCGACGAUUCGAUCGCGUCAAAUGCCGGGUCUUGAGUGUUGCGUGGGGCCCACCCGUCCCGCCGCAAGCAUCCGCCCGCGCCCCCGCGGCCGGCGACGACUCAAGUGACGACGAGGAUGAGAACUGGACGGAUUCAUGGCUAGUUACGGGUGGAUCUGACAGCAGCCUGAGAAAAUGGGAUGUGUCGACGGGCCGCAUUCUCGAUCGGAUGGGCACCGACAGGGUUCGGGGCGAGCGGACACUGGUCUGGUCGGUCGGGGUCCUUGGAGACGGCACGAUCAUCUCUGGGGACUCCAUGGGAAGGGUCAAGUUCUGGGACUCGAGGACAUGCACGCAGUUGCAGACUUUCCAGGCCCACGGCGCUGAUGUUUUGUGUCUGGCAAUCGACGCAACAGGCACAGCUGUCUACACUUCUGGGGUCGACCAGAAGAUCUCGCAGUUCUGCUAUUCAAAAACGACUGUUGGCGGCCGCAAGUGGAUCCAAACGGGCUCACGACGAAUGCAUUCCCAUGACGUACGGGCGUUGGCUGUGUGGCCCCCGUAUAGUCCGAUCUCCCCCUCACAUCGCAAGCCAUACACGACCGAAGUGGCACCCAUCCUUGCCUCCGGAGGUCUGGACAUGUCUGUUGUGAUAACUCCGGCCGCGCUCCCCAUGAACACCGUCGUGAAGAUGACCAAUCCGAUUGCUACGAGUAUCCACUGCACCUUUGAGGACUCCUACCAUCGAAGGCUGGCGUAUCCGCCCGGCCCGUCCUCCACGGCUGCCAUCCGUGUCGCCCGAGAGGCUCGUUUGAUCUGUUGCCUGCGGGACACUGGUCUGACUCUAUGGAGGCUGCUGAAAACCACGGGGGAGGAUUCUCAGUCCAGUGGCUGGGAGAAGUUAAUCGACAUGGAACUGAAUGUUCAGACGAACCUAGUAGCCUGUGCCAUCUCGAACAACGGUCGGUGGCUUGUAGCCUCUGAUCUGCACGAGACAAAGCUGUUUUCGCUCUCGUUCCAGGACGAUGGAACAGUGAAACCUCGCCGAAUCCGCCAGUUUUCUGCUCUGCUCCAAUCCCACCUCCUCGCCAAAAACGGCGCGACCGGAAGCAUCGCUUUCACUUUCACACCCGACUCUUCGAAACUCAUUCUCUCCACUGCCGCCGAAUCGUACCUUGUGGUGGUCGAUCUCGCUGAGGAACCCAAAGUCUUGCGAAGAUUUGAGCACCAUCGCUUGAGCAAUGCCAGCUUGUCUGAUCGUGCAAUCAAGGGUCGCGCUGCUCAAACUGACGAGCCAGAGACUCCCGAAGACGAGACUACAGAACGAGCGAACAUUACGUCCAUCCUUCGACUAGCCACCAGUUUUGACGGACAGUGGCUGGCAUCUUCCGACAUCCAUGGCCGCAGCCAUGUGUACAACAUGGAUCUGUUGCAACAUCACUGCGUUCUUCCGUCCUUCCCGCAGGCCGCUCAGGCUCUAUCGUUCGAUCCGAGUCGACCGAAUCUCCUUGUCCUCGCCUUCCCGGAUAACAGCAUCCAGCUGUUCGAUGUGGAGGCCAAACAGUUCCCGUCUUGGGCGAAAGACAUCUCCAAUAACCUACCCAAAAAACUGACCCGGACACAUGACCACAUUCUCGGUGUCACCUGUGAUCCAUCCGGUCGUCUUCCGCGGCAUAUUCUGUGCUGGGGAUCCACCUGGAUGUGCAAGCUGAAGCUGGACGACAGCGGCAAACCCAGUCGGCGGAAACGUCGUCGGGAUGAUAAACCAGACGGGUCAGACGAGAGCAGCUUCAAGAUGAUCACACAUUAUCGUCCCUUGCUGCACGUCGAUUUCUUGGCUUCAGGGGACCUUGUCGUGGUUGAAAGGCCGUUGGUGGAUGUUUUGAGCACUCUCCCACCAGCCUACUUUGCUCCAAAAUAUGGUGUAACUUGAUGAUGAUACAAUUGUAAUGCUACAGAUGUUGUCC